AGGGCGGAGCAUGCACAGUGUUGACUGUGAGCACAGAGUUACUGUCAGAUGAAAGGGCUCUUUGCAGCGAAACACAAUGCGGUGAAUAUGUCAGGCAGCUGAUAGAGGAGCAGCCAGACCCAUGACCGAGAUUUGGGUGUGAACAACUUGGGACACCAUGUCUCUCUUGCUGAUAUCCUUCCUGUUAAUUCUUCUGCUUGGGAUUUUGUUGUUAUGUUUCAUUUUCAGGUGGCUCGUAUGCACCCUGGCUGUGCGAUUCUUCCAGACAGCCCUGAAUGCUGAUCUAAAGAUCAAAUCAGUCGGGCUGUUUUCUGUCCAAGGAGUUAGUAUCCAGUUUCACCCCCAGCAUACUCUGGAAAUUGACAGAAUAUGGAUUUCAAGUAAACUUCUCAACCAGGAUUUGCCGAGGUACCUGGCGUUGUGUGUUGGCGAAACCAGAGUUAGGUUUGACUUACAAGCACCACUCAGACCUACGGUAACGAAGAGCCAUGGGAAAAGGUCUGGGAAGUUUUCCAUCAGCCCCACAACGCUACGCCUUCUGUCGCAACUACUGUCGUUCCACGUCAGCUCGAUCAAUGUGAUGGUCCUGAACCUGGCACUGUCAGAGUCUCUAUGGCACAUGACAGUUACAGGCAUCACCUUGUUACUUGACCACCAAAGUAAAAGGUUGGCGUGGGACUUCUCAGUUGGACAGCUAAGCAGUAAAGUGCUUAAAAGCAGUCAGUUGGAUAUAUGUUUGGCUGAAGUGGCCCUGAGCCUGCUGCUGUCUGGAGAGGUGAGCCUACCGGAGAUGAAGCCAGGCGGUCUGUCCCUGAAUGUGAGGACACUGAUCGCAGAGCUGCAUGAAGGACUAUUUCUCAGCCAACUCCUGCUGCCCUCGUCUCCCAAAAGGAGCAUUCAGGAUGCAUCUGAGUGUGAAAACAUUGAGUUUAUCCAGACUGAGGCGGUGGAAUGGUUUCAUGGGCUGGUUCCCCAAAAAGUCGAUGUGGAAUUUGAUAAUACAAAUGUAACUCUGUCCAUGCACAGCCAGAAAAGACACCUGAACUGGACUCUGAAGUCUCUAAAAGUCUGCUAUGGACGUGACGAUGAACAGCUUCAUCUUAAAAGCUUCACUCCAGAGCUGAGCUUUCCUCAGAGCAGAAUGGAGCUCGUUCUAGAGGAUGGACUUCUCCUCUCACAAAGUAGGCAAAGAAUCCUGUGUGUGAACACGCUGAAGACAGUCCUGCAGGUUACAUCAGUGGACAUCUCAGGGUCGUUCACUGUUAACACUUGCAUCAUCCACUACCGUCACCAGGAGUUCUCCCAUUGGCUAAAUCUAUUUCCAUGGGAACAGCUUAUCCACAGGAAGGCAGCACAUAGAAAAAGGCGCCUCCCUCACUUAGAUGCCCCUGUGAUGAUCACCUCCUCCGUAUCCAACGUCAACGUGUCAGUUCAGCUGGGAGACACCACGCCUUUUGCUCUCGGAUUUCUCUCUGUCAGUGCAGAACUGCGGCAUCUUCUUGACAUUAAAGUUGACUCCGAGAGCACAGAAUCCCAGAAUGUGCACCGACGUGCCUCACUGUCCCUGGACAACUUCUGGUGGAGGGUGGGUCAGGGGUCUCAUAUCCAACAAGCGCCCCACCCUCCUGGGAAACAUGUGUGGGGAGAAGCACUAAUUCUAGACACACUUAGUCUUCAGGGGAGUUUAAUUCGGCCCCACAUGGAGUCGAGCAGCCAGUGUCCGAGUUUGAGCGUGGAGUCCAGCCUGAAGGGGCUUCAGGUGGAGCUCUCGGAGACCUGUGCUCUGUGUCUGUCUCGCCUGCUGUCCCUCAUCUGUGUUCCUCGUGACGUGGUCUCUCCGCUGCCAGAUGUGACCUCACCGCUGCCAGAUGUGACCUCAGUUUCUCCCUCCAGUGGCCACACUGUCCAACCACAUCUGCUCUUUAAACUCGACUAUUGUCUGGAGGACGUUAAUGUGUUCACACUAUCCAAUCUAGCAGGAGCUGUGUCUCUGCGAAUGGACACUGUCAGAGUGCAGAGCUCUGCAGACAGCUCCACGGUGUCUCUUCAGGGUGUUAGCCUGUCAGCGAUCAAAGCACUCACAGAGAACAUGGAGUCGUGUUGCCCCUCCUCCCAAACCCCCAGCCCUGUGCUAAAACUCACCAAGAUAGCCUUUUCUUACUGCAUCACCACCCACACCUUACAGGUUCAAUGUGAAGAGGAGCUCUCUGUGGAAUGGACGCCACCUGACCACAUGGUCUUAUAUCAGCACCUGAGUGAAGCUCAGGCUUGUUGGCUUAUGCUUUGCGGAGAGAGAGGAGAGGACAGUCCAGUCGAAACCACAGAAAGUGAAAUCCUGCCGGGUCAGAGCAGAGAGCUGUGUGUGCGCAUUGCACUGGGCUGCACUCGAUUGACAGCCCAUGUUAGUGAACACAACUACAUCCUCCUGCACACAGAAGCCCUCACAGUGUCCAAACACACGGGCUCCAUGCACAUACGCUCUCCGUCCGUCAUCUUCAACUUCGAUGGCCACAACAUCGUCACCUUUAAGGGUCUGUCUGUGGACAUACACUCGGAGCUUCCUGAGAUGUGGCUGCACAGAGAAACCUUCCCCUUCCUCGAAACUCCUCACAACUGUGUCGGGGUCCUCACUUGCCCCUCUAUGACUGUGGAGUUCCCUUAUCAGUACGACUUCUCAAACACCUUUGACAUGGCCAUCAGCGUGCAGAAGUGGCUGAAGACCCUGCAUCGCUCCGCAAGCCAAGCCCCCGCCUCCCCCCGCCUGCCUCCCGACCUCGUGUUCAAAAUCAGCCAGUUCUCCUUCGUCUUCCUGGACGAUAUCUUUGAAAUCAAGCUGCGAGACAACUACGAGCUGCUGAAGGAUGAGAGUAAGGAAAGUGCCAAGCGUCUUCAGCUUCUGGAUAAGAAGGUGGCAGAUUUGCGCAAGCAGCAUGGAGAGCUUCUCCCUGCCAGGAAGAUCGAAGAGCUGUACAGCUCACUGGAGAAAAAGCACAUUGAGAUCUACAUCCAGCGCUCACGCCGCCUCUACGCAAACACGCCCAUGAGGAAGUCUCUACUGACCUGGACUGUGUCCGACCUGGAGUUGGUAUUCCUGGCUGAUCAGUCUCUGCACGGGCCGGAGAAGGUGAGAGAGCAGCUCAGGGAUAUCGACAAGAUCAGCCCCUUCCCCAGAGACGGACUCCCUCUGGUGGUCCAGUGGUGCCGUGCUAUCAAGUUCAAACUGGCUGCAUUUUUGGUGAGAAUCCGGGAUUACCCUCGCUACCUGUUUGAGAUCCGGGACUGGGAGCUGUCGGGGCGUCUCAUUGGGACGGAGCAGGAUGGACAAACCAGGGCUCAUCGCAAAGAGACCGUCCCACUCGGUUCGCCAUGGGGAGACGUGACGGUCCACAGGAAUAUGCCACCACUGAAGUUCUACUAUGAUUUAAAAUCGAACAUCUCUCUGUACACCAUUGUGUGGGGGCCAUGCUGGGACCCUGCCUGGACUCUGAUUGGCCAGUCCGUCGACCUGCUGACCAAACCCACUGUGGAUCCCUCACCUCCUGUGGCCUGGUGGGACAAAAGUCGCCUCCUUCUGCACGGGCGCUGGGUUAUGGACAUCGACCAGGCCAACCUUCAUCAGCUGGCUACAGAGGACCCUUACAACACCACAGAAAACCUGCACUGGGAGUGGAAUAAACUGAACUUUGACUGGAACCCUGGUCAGUUUGUCUAUAAAGGAGAUUUAGAUGUUAAUGUCAGAACAGCAUCAAAGUAUGAUGAUAUCUGUUUUCUACACCUGCCCAACCUGUUUAUGACCCUUGACCUCCAAUGGCUUUGCCAUGGCAACCCUCAUGACCACCAUGCUGUGAUGCUCUGCUGUGCGGAGAACGUUGCAGACGUGACUUCAGGACAACCUCAUGACUCCUACAGAGCCUUUCGCUCCGAGAACCUCAACUUCUCCAUCACCAUGGACCUGAACCAGCACUGUGGCACAGAACCCUCCCAGCCGAGAAUGCUGUUGUACAGCAGCACUCUGCGCUGGAUGCAGAACUUUUGGGCCACAUGGACGGGUGUAUCUCGACCAAUCUGCAGAGGCAAGCUCUUCCACAGCCUGAGGCCUAUCCGUAAGAAGCUGGGUCAGCACUACAAACAGAUGUCCUACACAGCUGCCUUCCCACAACUACAAGUGCAUUACUGGGCCUCCUUUGCCCAGCAGAGAGGAAUCCAAGUGGAGUGCAACAAAGGACACGUCUUCACCCGAGGGGCACAGAGACUUAUUCCACAGGCUGGCACAGUGAUGAGGAGGCUGAUCUCGGAGUGGAAUGUAACUCAGAUGGUUAGUGAGCUGUCUCAGGUGACGGUUCACCUAAUGGCCUCCACCUGGGACGAGACAGCGGACCACCAGAUGAACGCUCAGGUGAAGAAGACCCACCUGGUCAGCCUGUCCUCCCUGAGCUACCAGAGACAGAGCAACCGCAUGGAAGAGGUAAAAGCCCAACCAGAGCUGCAGUACCUGUCGUUCUUCACUGUCGACGAGUUCAUAAUCACACAAUUUAAAUAUUUCUUACAGGAGGUGAACCAGAAGGAUGAGACGAAUGCCUCGUACACUCACAAACUGCGCCUGGUAGACCUGCGUGCGUCCUGGACCACCACGAACAGGAACAUCGCCUUUGGGCUGUACGACGGUUAUAAAAAGGCGUCUGUGUUGAAGAGAAACCUCUCCACUGAAGCUUUGACGGGUCUGAGGAUCGACACUCAGCUGCAGACCAAAAAGCUCAAACGCUCUCCUUCCAACUACUCUCCCACCACAGCCCCCACCACACCAGUGAUGCCCACCGUCAGAGCAGAAAAAAGUCAAAAUGAAGGAACAUCGAUGCUCCAGAAACUAAUCGAGGAAACGGACAAGUUUGUGGUGUUUUCAGAGGAGGAUUCUGGUGUCAGCGACCAGCUGUGUGGCAUUGCAGCCUGUCAGACCGACGAUGUGUAUAACCGCAACUGGUUUAUCGAACUGGUUAACUGUCAGAUGAUGCUGCGGGGCACAGAGACGGCAGGCUGCGUGUUGGUGUCAGCAGCGAAGGCUCAGCUGCUUCAGUGUGAGCACGACCCAUCCUGGUACAACGACACCCUGAAGCAGAAAACCACCUGGACCUGUCUGCUGGAUGGCAUGCAGUACUUUGCCACCAUGGAGCCCAACCCAUCUGAGCAAGAGGACAGACAGCUGUGGCUGGAGGUGAAAAACAUAGAAGAGCACCGGCAGCGUAACCUGGACUCGGUGCUGGAGCUGAUGGAGAGUGGCCAGGCUGUGGGAGGAAUGGUUAGCACCAUUACAGCAGACUGGAACCAGCCGGCCCAGGUGAACGAGGCUCAGCAGGUCCAGCGGAUCAUCUCGCGCUGUAGCUGCAGGAUGCACUACAUCAGCUACAGUCACGACAUCAACCCUGAGGUGGCCACACAGAUCAAACCCCCAGAGCUGAGGAAUAACCACGAGAAGGAGGACCUGCUGAAGAAACAGGCCGGAGCUGUGGACACCUUCACGCUCAUUCACCACGAUCUAGAGAUAUCCACUAACCCUGUUCAGUACGCUAUGAUCCUGGACAUCGUCAACAACCUGCUGCUGCACGUGGAGCCCAGGCGCAAGGAACACAGUGAGAAGAAGCAGCGUGUGCGCUUUCAGCUGGAGAUCUCCAGUAACCCUGAGGAGCAGCGCAGCAGCAUCCUGCACCUCCAGGAGGCCGUCAGGCAACACCUCGCUCUGAUCAGACGCCUGGAGAAACAGAUCUACUCCAACAUCAGGGCACAAACUGAGGAACUGAGCGGCGACGAGCUGAUGGAGAUCAACACGAGACUGCAGAACCAGCUGAACCAGGAGAAGAACGACAUGCAGAUGAAGAGUGAAGAGCUCAACAUUCUCAUCAGGUGUUUUAAGGACUUCCAGCUGCAGAGGGCAAACAAGCUGGAGCUGCGUAAGCCCCCGGAGGAUGUGAGCGUGGUCAGGAGGACAGAGAUCUGCUUUGCCCAGGCCCGCUGGUGUCUGACCGAAGAGGACGGCCAGCUUGGCAUCGCUGAGUUAGAGCUGCAGAGAUUUAUGUACAGUAAGCUGAACAAGUCUGACGACACAGCAGAGCAUCUCUUGGAGUUAGGCUGGUUCACAAUGAACAACCUGCUGCCCAAUGCAUCUUACAAGGUUGUAAUCCGUCCGCAGAGUACAUGCCAGUCAGCACGGCAGUUUGCUUUGCGUAUCUUCAGUAAAGUGCGCCCCCCUGUGGGAGGAAUCUCUGUUAAGGAGCACUUUGAGGUGAACGUGGUGCCUCUCACCAUCCAGCUGAUGUACCAAUUCUUCAAAAGGAUGAUGGGCUUCUUCUUCCCAGGACGAAAUGUUGAGGAGGAGGAGGUCACUGAUGAGGAAGACAAGUUCAGAUUGGUCACUACAGGUAUCGCUGUCAAGUCCCGGCAGUCAUCAGAGGACACCAUGGGUGCUAUGGGCCCCAGCAAAGGUGUCACCCAGGGGCUGAACCGCACCGCGGGGGUCCGGCGGUCCUUCAGGAAACCUCCAGAGCAUCCUGUUGAUGACAUUGAUAAGAUGAAGGAGCGAGCGGCUAUGAACAACUCCUUCAUCUACAUCAAGAUUCCACAAGUGCCCCUCUGUGUCAGCUAUAAGGGAGAGAAGAGCAGUGUGGACUGGAAGGACCUGAACCUGGUUCUGCCCUGUUUGGAGUACCAUAACAACACCUGGACCUGGCUCGACUUUGCCAUGGCUGUGAAGAGGGACAGCCGGAAAGCUCUUGUAGCACAGAUGAUAAAGGAGAAGCUGCGUCUGAAGCCGGCCUCAGGCUCAGACCAGCGGGGGAAGGCGUCUGAAGGGAAGUCGGACAACAGCAUGCAGCAGCAGGAGGAAGACGAUAAGGCUCGGCUCCUCAUCGGCCUCAGCUCCGCAGACAAGAGCUCCGGCAAAAAGAGCAUCUUCAGUCGGCGUAAGUGACACGACAAACAUCGUGCAGCUCGACUGGAACGUCCACGCAGCAGCUUCCACACUCCCUCGGUAAGAGGAUCAGGGACAAACUGAAUAUCAGUCUGGCUUUGUGUAUCACAAUGAAAAAGGGAGAUGGUCGAGCAUUUCGUUUAUGGGGAUAACUUACUGUAUCACGAGCCUGCUGAACAUUAAUUUUAUUUGAAAAAAAUACUCCAGAUGUGUCUCAGAUCUGAAUUUGUGGCAAACACCCCUACAGGGAACUCAAAACAGCUCCAGUAUUAACCAGGGUGCCAUUUUGACCAAAUAUAUAUUAUUUUCUUGUUUAUUUACGUGCCAUUAAAAAUUCUUUCUGCAUUUCAUACACACAAUGAUGACCACUUGCAUUGAAUGUAGCGGGGAUAUUUUCAGUGUGUAGCGAGCACUUCACUGUCUCCUCUGCUUCUAUAAAUGUUAGACUGAGAGCACCUUUUCCUGCUGGCUCAGGAACACUGUACGUCUGCUCCAAUAACUCACCCAACUGAAAGCACCUUCAUCGCUGUCUGCUGUAAGAAAAUAUAUUUGAUUUUGAAAUUCCAUAAAUGAAUAUAUUAUAUCCCUAUAUGUUUUAUCGAUUACAUAUAUUGUAAAAGGCUGUAUGAGUGUCUCUGACAGGAAGGCCUUUUACCCACAAAUGACCACAAAAGAUUUUAUAUUUUACCUUAAAUGACUGUGUGCAUCCUCAGCUAGCUGUUUUACUGUACCUCACCCCUGUGCAAUAUAUCAAGAACAGAGCAGCAAAAACAUGUUUGUGUUGUAUAAUGUCGCACUUGGUUUGAUGGUAUUGUGGAAAAUAUAUAUAUUAUGUUGCAGCUAAUGCAGAGUGUAUGUUUUGUAAUUUUAUUACUAAAGCACCUUUCUAUGCAAAGUAUUUUGAUAUUUUUGUAACCACGGUUGUCUUCUGUUGAAUUACUUGUAUAACUGUUCUGCUAAGCCUGUCACAUUUCUAUUAAACAUAAUUACAAACGCAUCAUAUCACAAAAGCAGAUGUAUUCACAUUUCUAUCAGCUCUGUGGCUUUUUGUUUAUCUGUCAAUAAAAAGUGUUACAGUCUCUCA